CUCUCCAAAACACACAUCAAAUUCACAGACAACAACAACUUCUUCUUCCUCUUCUUGUGAAUCCUCUCUCUCAUCCCAUCACUACACUGGAUUUGAAUAAUCACCAACACAAACAUUCAAUCCAAGGACCUAUAGUGUUGGCAUUUGAAUAAAAGCUUUAUAUUGAGGUAAUUUAUGAUUUUUCUGGGCAUGUGAUGUGCGUGAGUUCGGUUCGGUCUAGAAGAUCUGCAAAUAAAGGUGGAUCUUUUACAAAAUAGGUGUAUAUUUCUAUUUAUGUAUAUGAGUAAUGAGUUCUAAAGGAAAACCAUUAUUUGAUCUCAAUGAACCUGCUACCGAGGAGGAGGAUGAAGAGAGUGAUGGCGUGUUCUGUUUCCAACCCCAAAGGGCAAUUCCGUCAAUAACCCAUACGUCAGACUUAUUUAAAAGUUCAAAUAGUCCCCGUAGAAUUAUAAACAACAAUGCGUUUUCUCAUGCGUCUUCUGUUUCGGGCUUUCAGCCUUUUAUUAGAUCGAAAGGAGUAGAAAAAUCUGAUGUUCAUGAAGAGCAGAAGAAGUCAAAUGACGUGGUGGAAAAGUCAACUUCUGCCGUUGAAAAAGAAGAAGGUGAAUGGUCUGAUGCAGAAGGCAGUAGUGUGCCUGAAAAGUCAACUUUAAACGUUGACGAUAAGUCCGAGGUCAAACCAAUGGUUGUUUUAACGGAUCCAAGUGUCGAUGAUGUGAAGGAUGAAAAUAAUAAUCAUGGCGAUUCAAUUGAUAUAAAAAGUAGUGAUAGUCAAGAAGAUUCUGUUUUGGCUCCGAAACAAAAGGAGAUUAAAGGGGUUGAAGCCGUUCACGCCUUAAAAAUCGCUAAUAAUCCCGGAAAGCGUCCUAAACUCGAUCAACAAAAAGAGGCAAUGUUGGGUAAAAAACGUAACAGACAGACAAUGUUUCUUAACUUAGAAGACGUCAAACAAGCGGGGGCCACUAAAAACUCUAUGCCAAGAAGACAGAACUUUCCGCCACCUCUCACUUCUCGUAUUGUAAAAGAUAAACAAAUCCCGUCACCACUAACGAACAAUGGAAAACAAGUCGACCUGUCAAGCGUUGAAACCAACUGUUAUGUGGAAUCAAGUGAUAUUAAGUCCGAAUGCAAUAACGGUGAUAUGAAUACAGGAAUAUUAGGUCGUCCAAAAAGGUCAAUUAGUGGUAGUGAUCUUGUAUUAAAGCAAACGAAGAAUGCACAAACCGCGGGUAGAAAGAGCGGUUUAGUUAGUCAGAAUUCGGUUGAUAAUAAAGCGGCUGGAAGUAAAAAGCUUCCUUCUAAGAAGCCAUCAACUGUUUCUACGCAAUAUCAGGAUACAUCCGUUGAGCGGCUUCUUCGUGAAGUGACUAACGAGAAGUUUUGGCAGAAUCCAGAGGAAGCAGAGCUUCAAUGUGUUCCCGGAAGCUUUGAAUCGGCAGAAGAAUAUAUUAAAGUAUUCGAGCCCUUGCUUUUUGAGGAAUGUCGCGCACAGCUCUACAGUACAUGGGAGGAAUUAACCGAACCAGGUUCUAGAGAUCUACACGCAAUGGUCCGUAUAAAAAAUGUUGAGAGACGAGAAAGAGGUUGGUAUGAUGUGAUACUUGUACCUGCAAAUGAAUGUAGAUGGAACUUCAAGGAGGGUGACGUGGCAGUUCUUUCAACCCCUAGACCGGGAACAGUUAUGCCCAAGAGAAACAACACUGGGGAAGAGUCUGAGGUGAGUGGACGCGUAGCCGGCACCGUGAGGCGCCACAUACCGAUAGAUACUCGCGAUCCAACAGGGGCCAUCCUUCACUUUUAUGUCGGCGAUUCAUAUGAUUCCAACAGCAAGGUUGAUGAUGAUCAUAUUCUAAGGAAACUACUCCCAAAGGGAAUCUGGUUUCUAACCGUUCUCGGUGCUCUUGCUACCACUCAGAGAGAAUAUAUCGCGUUACAUGCAUUUCGUAGACUCAAUUCCCAGAUGCAAACCGCGAUUCUUCAACCGAGCCCUGAAUUAUUUCCGAAAUAUGAAGAACAGGCACCCGCAAUGCCCGAUUGUUUCACACCAAACUUCGUUGAUUAUCUUCACAGUACGUUCAACGGUCCACAAUUGUCAGCGAUUCACUGGGCCGCAACGCAUACGGCAGCCGGUACGACUAACGGGUCAACCAAGAGGCAAGAACCAUGGCCCUUUACUCUAGUCCAAGGCCCACCCGGAACGGGUAAGACUCAUACCGUUUGGGGAAUGCUAAACGUUAUCCAUUUAGUCCAAUAUCAGCAUUAUUAUACCGCAUUGCUUAAAAAACUAGCCCCUGAAAGCUACAAACAAACAACCGAAAGUCUUUCUUCUGAUAACGUUCCAAACGGGUCGAUUGACGAAGUUCUCCAAAGCAUGGACCAGAACCUGUUUCGAACGCUUCAUAAACUUUGCCCGAAACCGAGAAUGCUAGUUUGUGCUCCGUCAAAUGCCGCUACCGAUGAGCUACUUACACGUGUUCUUGACCGCGGGUUUAUUGACGGUGAGAUGAAGGUUUACCGACCUGAUGUGGCUCGAGUUGGUGUCGAUUCACAAACCCGAGCAGCUCAAGCCGUGUCGGUUGAGCGUCGAACCGAGCAGCUUUUGGUCAAGAGCCGAGAUGAAGUUUACGGGUGGAUGCAUCAGCUAAGAGCCCGUGAAGCUCAAUUAUCUCAACAAAUAGCUUCCCUUCAAAGAGAGUUAAACGUUGCGGCUUUCACCGGUCGGGCACAGGGUUCGGUCGGGGUUGAUCCGGAUGUUCUUGUGGCCCGUGACCAGAGCCGAGAUUCCUUAUUACAGAACCUUGCGGCUGUGGUUGAAAACCGGGAUAAAGUAUUAGUCGAACUGUCUCGCCUUUUUAUUCUCGAAGGUCGGUUUCGUAGUGGUGGGAAUUUUAAUCUAGAAGAAGCUCGGGCUAGUCUAGAAGCGAGUUUCGCUAAUGAGGCCGAAGUCGUUUUCACAACGGUUUCAAGUAGUGGUCGAAAGCUUUUCUCACGGCUAACCCACGGGUUCGACAUGGUGGUUAUUGAUGAGGCGGCUCAAGCCAGUGAAGUCGGUGUGCUCCCACCUCUUGCUCUCGGUGCAGCCCGGUGCGUUCUUGUGGGGGACCCGCAACAACUUCCCGCAACCGUUAUCAGCAAAGCAGCUGGAACUUUGCUAUACAGCAGAAGUCUUUUCGAGAGAUUUCAACAAGCAGGUUGUCCUACGAUGUUACUUUCCGUUCAGUACCGAAUGCACCCGCAAAUACGAGAAUUUCCUUCUAGAUACUUCUAUCAGGGUCGCCUUACCGAUAGUGAAAGCGUCGCUAAAUUACCCGAUGAGACGUACUACAAGGACCCGAUGUUAAAACCUUAUGUUUUUUACGAUAUUACACAUGGGCGAGAAUCGCAUCGGGGCGGGUCGGUUUCUUACCAGAAUAUACAUGAAGCUCAGUUUUGUUUACGGUUAUAUCAACAUCUUCAAAGAAGUGUUAAAUCUUUAGGUAUAGCGAAAGUGUCGGUGGGGAUAAUUACACCUUAUAAGCUGCAACUGAAAUGUAUACAGCGGGAGUUCGAGGACGUUUUGAAAUCUGAAGAAGGGAAGGAUCUUUAUAUUAAUACGGUUGAUGCGUUUCAAGGGCAAGAACGUGAUGUCAUCAUGAUGUCGUGUGUACGUGCUUCUAACCAUGGCGUGGGGUUCGUUGCUGAUAUUCGACGAAUGAAUGUUGCUCUCACUCGUGCCAAAAGGGCACUUUGGGUUAUGGGGAAUGCAAGUACAUUGGUUCAAUCGGACGAUUGGGCUGCACUAAUUGCCGAUGCAAAAACGAGGGAAUGUUACAUGGACAUGGACUCGAUUCCUAAAGAUUUCAUGGGCCCACCAGCCUAUGGCCCACCACAGGCACGGUUUUCUAACAUGAGGGGUUUAAAAAGACCCGGUUUAAGACACAGACCAUAGGACCACAUGGAUUCUAGGUCAGAAGAAGAUGAGAAAAGUACAACGUCAAGAAACGGGAAUUACCGGAGUUUCAAGCCACCAAUGGAUGGUUCACUUUAUUGGCAUUCAAAAAGACCAAAUUCAAAUUCAACCCCCGUUGCGGGAAAAAGAGGCCCGUAAUCUCUCUCACUUUAUUGGUGUUAAGUUCUUUUUUGUUGUGGGUUGGUAAAAAUGGAACAAAAGUUGAGCCUGGGAUGACUAAAAAGAGCGGAGUUGGUUAAAAACGAGCCAGUUGUGAAAGAAACUGGUUCUGAUUGCUAACCGAUUGAUGUGCGGGCCGUGACACAUCACAUGUUGAUGAUCGGUUUGUGACAUCGACGGGUUUUCCAUCGGGGUAAAAAGAUGUGGAUAUACGGAUGAUGAAUUAAUACAAAGAAAGAUUUAGGAUUUGUUAUGUGGAUUGAUUGAUUAAUUGAUUCUUGAACUGUGUAUAGAAAAGGGAAUAACUUCCACUGAUUUUAGAUUUUGUACAUGCUUUUACUUUGAAAACACUAUUUAUUAUUAUUAACUGUUAUGGGAACAAUUUUCCCAUUUA